GUUACCUGAUGCUUUCAUUAUCACAAGUUAUUUUUCGGUCACACUUUCCUAAAUAACUAAUUACUUGGGAUUGGAUUGGAUCGGAAAAGAUCACUCUAUCCAACGUUUUGAAUGUGAUAGCAAUCUUGAAGAGUGGUGCAGUUUUGUGUUGCAUCGCAGUGUGGAAACAUGUCAUUGAAAAGUAUAGUGAGUGAACUGAAGGGAAUUAACAAUAGAAUAUCAAAGCUCUGUAGUGGUUCGAAAUCAGUCGCUAUAGAUGUAACUCCAACUGAACCUUUUCAACAGGGACAAUGGGCGAGUCUACCACCUGAAUUGCUUUCGGACAUAAUACGUAGGCUUGAAGAGAGUGAGACAUCUUGGCCUGAGCGUACUGUUCUUAUCUUUUGUGCUUCGGUAUGUAAAUCAUGGAGGUCCGUUACGAAAGAGAUCAUCAAAACUCCUCAGCAACGUGGACAGAUAACAUUUCCUAUUUCAUUGAAGCUGCCCGGUCCUCGCGUGUAUGCAAUGCGAUGCUUUAUCAAGAGGAACAAAAAAACUUCUACAUUCCUGUUGUACUUAGACUCCGUGCCAGCGGAGAAUGAAAGUAGUAAGUUGUUAUUAGCCGCGAAAAGGAUAAGAAGGACCAAAUUUGUGAUAUCCUUGGCAGCCGAUGAUUUUUCUCGAGCCAGGAACAAAUAUGUUGGUAAACUGAGGCAAGUCUUUGUCGAUACAAACAUUGAUUUACCAUCCUGUCUCUUAUAAUCUUCGCAACUUGAUUGAUUUUUAUACAUAUGGCAGGUCUAAUUUUUGGGGCACGAAGUUCACUGUAUAUGACGGUCAUCAUUAUCCUUCAAUAUUCGAUGAAACUUUAUCUCCUUCACAAGAACUGAAGGGAAAACGUCCGAUGAAAGAUUCAUUCUCUGUAAGCCUGUCAGAGCCGUUGGAACGGAAACACAAUGCUCCGGGAUGGGAUGAGCAGCGUCUGUUACGUUUUCUAGACGACAAGGAACAUGCUGUUGUGUCGUCUAUAAAGAAAUAUGAACUUUUAGCUGUUCUUAAUGGUUCUCGUAAUGUUUCUCCUUUAGAGCAAGAAAAUGUAAUCUUGCAUUUUGGGAAGACUCCUACAAAAGAUAUAUAUAUCAUGGAUUACUAUUAUCCACUCUCUGCCUUUCAAGCCUUUGCCAUCUGCUUGACGGCAAUGUGAUCAUCUGCUGAUUUGUCGCAAAUACCAAUGCGCAGAGUUAAUCAAACACCAAGAACUGAGAAACUCAGGUAAAGGAUAUUGAUUAGUGGAUGAACGACUGAUAUUAACACAGGAUGAAGAACAUGCAUGAGAGAGACAGCCGGGGACUCAAUCCGUUUCAAGUGCAUAUUUACAUCUAGUACUUUUUUUUUUUAAUUUUUAACAAACUACCAA